AUGCUGUGUCGGGAAGUAAGUACUUUCGGAGCUGUGGAGGAGACGAGCACUGAGGGGGCAGCAAGUCCUCUGGCGAGGGGCAUCAAGGAGCAGGCGUUGCGCUGCCUCGUGCUGAUGACGGCUCCAGAGCAAUCGGUUCGCGUCCUCUUGCCGACGGGAUCGGCAUCCCCCCCGCUUAGGCUCUACAUGACGGCAUGGGAUCACAAUGGGGAGGGCCGGCCAAAAGGGCUUGGGAAGCCAUCCAAGAUCCAUGCGCUCCCAGAGACGGUCUGGUGGAGCACGCUCGGCGAGCUCUGCUGUACGUGCGAUCGGGGGCGGCUCAUGGGCGACGCGCCUUGCGUCCACAAGCUGGCGAUGGCGGCCUUCAGCAAGAGUUGGGCCUCGACGGCGGAGCUUCCUACCCACGAGUCGCUCGGCAGGGGGGCGAGGGUGGAGCGGGUUGGCUCCGACGAGACGGGGAGCUACUUUGCGGUGGCCGACAACCUCCAAAGACCGCCAAGCCCUCAGAGGCGCAUGGUCUUUCGCAGCAGCAAGGGGGGUUGGUAUUGCGAGGGGAAGCGCGACGGGUGUCCAAGCCUCGUCGACUGCUCGCACGUCAUGGCGGCAAAGGGAGCUCUGAGGAAUGAGGGAGACCUUCCAGUUGCCGACCAGAUGGUUCUGAGGCUCUUGGAGCCGCUGUCGGAGGCUGCGCUGGACUGGCUCGAGGCGUGGAACGGAGAGUUGCCAAAGAUUGGAAAAACCCCCGCCGUGGGACCCCCCUCGCAAGAAAGAGAUGAUGACGGGCUGUCGAAGGAGGAGCGGUACCUCAUCGAGCUACUGGAGCGGCGGCCCCACGAGCGAGCGGCGUGCGCGGGGGACUCAUGCUUUUGUCGACAGCAUGAUCGACUCUUUGGGGAGGGAAGCGAGCAAGGCGAGGCCGCCGCACACGUGAAGAAUGCCAGGAGCAGUCGAGGCCCAGGGGAGCGGAGGCGGCUGAGGAGGAUCACGUGCCUCCUCGCAAACGGGCGAGGCGCAACAAGGCUUUCUGGGAGGCACACAAGCGAGGCUCUCAGCCGGCGCCGAAAGAAGGGUGGGGCGCUCGACCGCCAGCGGAUGCGAGGGGGAAAGAGGCAAUCAGAGCUGCUCACCACGGAAGCGGCCCAAGUCACAAGGCCCAAACUCGCUCGGCCAAGUGACUCGCACGCCGUUCACGACCCCAUGGUGGCCUCGCUAGACAGCCCCGUUCCCGUGAGCAAGUUGAGGGAUUGCCACUUUCGCGAGCUGUCGGAGAAGGGCCUCCUAAGCGCGCCCUGCCCCCUCGAGUCGCCGGCGUGUGGCGGUUCUUGGGUAGAGGCGUGGACCGAGGCCGACGUGACGGCCUCCCAAUGGAGCCAGCGAGUGCGGGUGCGGAUCUACCACUGCCAAUGCCUCGAUGAGGCGCACGCAAUCCACUUUGACGGCGAGCACCUUGGGCUGUACGCGUGGAACCGGCGGACCCUCUUCGUGCAACAAAGUCUUCAGCUGCUCUUGCGGGGGAUGCAGCAUGGGCACAGCUUCAAGGCGGAGCUCGCGACCCAUCAGACGGCCUUUCAAUGGUCGCCUGAUGCUGCCGUCUUGAGCGAGGAGACGUGGCGCCGUGCGAGUCUCGACUUCUUCAAGCUGGUCGGCCUCGGCCUUCGAGACUGCUGCUCGUUGUGCGGACCUCAUCCCAAGAUCCUCCUCUGCGAUGGGAUCGUGGGGUUGGCAAGCACGGACGGCGCGAAGAAGCCUGGGGGGCUGGGGAGCUCUUCGCUCGACGCACGCCGCACGUUCACCCAUCCGAGCCGGCACGCGUCCGGCGCGCUCCUCGAGAAGCGGUCGAUCUCGGGGCGCGACUAUUGUGGAGCCGGCCUCGAGGGGGGCGGAAUGAAGCGCAAGCUUCUGUUGCAGCCCGAGUUGCGAGUGGCGAUUGCGCGCCUGUCGCGGCACCGUCCCAAGGACGAGAAGGUCGGGGAACCGCUGUCAAGGGCGGAGUUUGGAGCGCUCCUCGCCGGUUUGGCCCACGAUGACGCGACGAUCGUAAAGCGCUUCGGGGGUCCUGAGGAGGCGGAGGGGCCGCUUUCGGAAGACGGCAGACGGCGCAUGCUAGACGAACAACAAACGAUGGUUCUCGAUCGCAAUCGGGCCGUGUUCGAGUUGCUGACCGGGGUCCAAGCCGAUUUUGAGAGGCGAGGGUUGAGCCCAGACCUUUGGGAGCACUGGGUCGGCGAGUGGACGGAGCUCCUCUACUCUCUGGGCGCGCAUGACGCCGACGAAGACCUCAUUGGCAGCGGGGCGUUGCACGUGGUCCGGAGGUUGCUGCUCGGCGGCGACGCAUCCCUCGAGGACCGGCGGGACUUGGCAAGGGACGCGCCCAUCUUGCGACGCAUCCUUGACGCGUACGGGGGCCUCACGUUUCCGGCCUUCUUCACGCGCACGCUCUACCACCUCUACCUCCUCGCUCUCUUUGCUCGGGGUGCAACGGGUUUUGAGGCCGAGGGACGGCGGGGCUGGGUGCACGAGGCGGUCGACCCGUUCGACCAAGCCGUCUUUUUGCUCUUUGAGGGCAAAGUGCGGCCCUUGACCAUCGACGAGGGCCAGCAGUUGGAGGAGGUGCGAGGGCUGGCAAACGAGCUGCUCCCAGGGGUCGAGAGGUUGGAGCCGAGUCCCGAGCAGUGGGGGCGGAUGAGCGCGGCAGAGCGGAUACUUUUGAGGGAACGACUUGGGAGGGACGAGAAUGGAAAGGAGCGCCCCCCGCUGCAAACCGAGCACAGCUUUCGAGCGGAGCAAGACGAGUUGGCGUGCUACACCCUUCCGGGUUGGGAGCAGAGACGGGGGGUGCCGUGGCACAGCUCGUUCGAGCAUCCGGACGGCCGUAGCCGAACCUCGGAGGAGUUCAAAUGCGCAACGGGAAAGACGGUAACCGAAUGGGACGCCGAGAACGUUCCCGGACUCGUCAAGGGUGCCGGAAAGCUUUCGGGAAAGAAGGGGAGUGGGAGCAAGCGGCCGAAGAGGACUCGAGGAGCAUUCGUGUUCUGUUGUCCGCAUCGCAUCAUCUACGGCUUCCACAUCAUGCUACGCGGCGAGAGCCCAAGGGACGCCUUUGUCGUGCUCUUCACGCGGCUGAGACGAGAGGACCUGCCCGACGUGCUGGUGCACGACAACGCAUGUGCGCUGCGCAACUACUCCAUGCGGCGAGAGCCGGCGUUCUUCAGAGACGUGCGUUUCGUGGUUGACAGGUUUCACUUUUCAAAGGCCGGCUCGGAGGUGCACAAGUGCGGCCCGACGAAUUCUCCGGACAGCUACAGCUCCUUGCACUGGGUGAACACGUCCGCCGUGGAGUCGGUCAACUCCUUCCUCAAGGGGUUCCGGUCUCUGGGGUGGUACUCGGGGCUUGAGAGCUUGAUGGUGAUCCUGCCUUUGCUGCUCGGAGGGUACAAUAGCUCUUUGAAGCGGGUCGAUGACGGAAAGCUUAGCAUUGCAAUUGCGGUGGCCGUGUGGACGGGCGGAACGCGUGCUUGGCUAUUGCAGAGAUAG